GGCAAAGUGAUGUUAAUGUUGAGCCCUUCGAACGAAGCCAUAGAAAAGGAUACUUUGAUUUACGUUAUGAAAAAAGAAACAGAUGGUAGCAAGACACCGCCUGACGAACCACCACAGCAAGAGUUUCGAAGGCCUUCUACUGAAGGAGAUGGAAAAGGAGUGACAACAAAACGAUACAUUAAAACCACCGAGACCGAGAAAACUUCUACAUUUGAAAAGGUCGCAGUGGGUCUUUGCUGGGUGCUAGUGGUGUUGACGUUUCCUUUCUCCCUUUGCUUGUGCUUAAUAGUAGUUCCCGAGAAUUAUCGGAUUGUUGUCCUACGUCUGGGGCGCCUCAAGAAGGGCCUUCUCGGACCUGGUAUAGUUUUUUAUUUGCCCUGCAUCGACAUCCUUCACAGAGUUGACCUACGUACCCGUGUGAACAACGUAAAGCCACAGGAUGUGCUCACCAAGGAUUCGGUGACGAUAACCGUGAACGCGGUUGUCUAUUAUUGCAUUUACAAUCCCAUUGACUCGAUUAUCCAAGUCGAUGAUUUCCGGCAGGCCACGCAAAUGAUUUCUCAAGUAACUCUGCGAAAUGUCGUCGGUUCCAAGACCCUCAACAUCCUGCUUACUUCGCGUCAGGCCCUCUCCCGGGAAAUUCAGGUGGCGGUAGCAGGUAUCACAGCUCGUUGGGGAGUUCGGGUGGAGCGGGUGGAUGUGAUGGACAUAGUUUUGCCACCAAGCUUGGAGCGGUCCUUGGCCAGUGAAGCGGAGGCUGUAAGAGAAGCUCGGGCCAAGAUUAUUUUGGCCGAAGGCGAACUCAAGGCCUCCAAGGCUCUGAAGGAGGCCUCGGAUGUGAUGUCGGAAAAUAGGAUCACGUUGCAAUUAAGACAUCUACAGAUUCUUUCGUCAAUUGCCACGGAAAGAAGAGUGAGAAUCAUCUACCCUAUCCCGCUGGAGAUUAUGGAACCUUUCAUGAAGGACGGAAAAAAUGGUGGUGAUGGAAAAGAUAGUGAUGGAAAAAGUGCCAUUGAUAAAGAUGGAAGUGCAAAAGAAACGGCUGCAGUUGUCGUAGGCGAAUCUAGUAUAAGUGCUCCAAAAGAAACCGGCGGAGUAGGUGGGGCUCCUACUCCAGAUGAUUCUGCGCAUAACUGGCGCUCGGGUGUUGGAGCUCCGAGUAGUAGUGGCCUGAUGUCUAAUAUGUUUUUUAGCGGACAAAGUUUUCAAGCAGACAUGGAGCACAUAAGGACCCACGGAACCGUUGCCCCAGAGCCUGCCAGUCCUGCAACUAGUAGUGAGCUAAAAUCGGACUUCGAGCCCAUAAGGACCCAUGAAACCGUUGCCCCAGAACCAGCCAGUCCUGGAACAAGUAGUGAAAUGCAGAUAGCAAAAGAUUCGAAAGAGGGACCUACAUAUGUUUCUGUGGACAUUGGAUCAUUAAAACGGAACUUCGUACCAUACUCUACGGACUCUAAGGCAUCCACAGAGAUUACCGCUAAACAGACAAGAAGUGUUUCCCAACCACCAAUUGCGGGACAUCGGCUGGCGUUUAUGGACCUGCUAUCUUAUCGAGACUUCCUGCGAACUCGUUUGUAAUCAGCCGGCGGGCUGGAAACCUCCUGGCAGUCCUGUGUGCCUUGCCAGCAGAACAAUGGGAAGGCCAAGCGUGAAAUGAGCAACAGUCACGUCAGCCGAUGGGGCCACAAACUUGAUGAAGGGCAUUAUCCUCAUCCUCGUUCUUCAUCCACCGCAGUGACAUUUACACUGCCAUUCAAUGGCCUCCCUGUCUUUUUUUGGAGCGAUAAAAAAUAGCCGAAUAUUUGGCACUUUUCACUAGCGGUAAGAAUGGAAUCCCCGGGUGGCAAUUUAUCUGCUUUAAUAAAUUGGAAGUUUUCGAGUCGAUACUUCAAUGACGGUG